GAGGGCCGGUUGGAACAAAGGGCAGGUGCGGAAUUCCUUGCGCGCAACCGCUGCCGCGCGGGCGCAGCAGCGCAAGCGCCGCCACCUCCCUCCCUCCCUCCCGGAUUCCCCUCCUUCCCCGAGGCGACGCGGCCGCCCCAAAUCCAGCCCCUCCGCCUCCCCGCGCCGCUUCCCAGCGCCGGCUCGCUCCCUCAAAUACGCUCCCGCCCGCUCGGAGGAGAGGGUCUGCCUCUGUCCUGUCUCUUGGCGGGCCAGGAUGAUGGGCGGAGCGAGCGCGGGCGCGGGCCGGAGGCGGAGGUGGACGCAGCGGUCGUGCCGGGCGGGUGGAGCGGGCGGGGUCGCCACGCGGACGGUGGCGGCGACGGAGGAGCGCGGCGCGCGCGCGGCUACGCGGCGUGCUACAGGGUUUGCUCAUGUGGACAAGCAGCAGCGUGUCUAUGGACUAUCAUCACAAGAUUCCAGAAGUAGCAGUAGAUCCACAAUAAUGGAAGAUUUUCUUCAUUCAGAUUUAUGGGAAUAUAAGCGUAAGAGGUCCUUGAGAAAUGAAAUAGAAAGCCACCAUUGUCUGUCUUCCUUUAUGUCAGAAUCAAGGAAUCAUGGUGCAGAAACUGAAAUGCCAAUAGCUUCAGAAAAACCUUCCUUUUCGUGGCCAACAGAGAAGCAAGUCCCCAGCAACAACAACUUUCUUCCUGCGACCAGUACUGUCUCGGAUUAUGGGUUGGCCUAUCGGCCUAAAUCUCAUCUUGGCAGAGGCAGUAACAAGGCAAAUCAGACUCCAACACCAAAAGAAUCCAGUGGCAUGUGCAGUUUCAGCUAUCAAUUAGCUAGAAGUGCUGGAAGAUCUGAUUCUAUGAAGAUGGGCCGAACAAGUGCAAAGUGCUCCCUUGCAGAGACAAUGUCGAUGUUACGUCAACGGCGGUUUGGUCGCAGUUACCAGAAUCAAAACCGCAUUGGUGCAUUAAAUCGGAGGCAUAAGCACACACAAUCUGGAGGAGCAAUCAACAUGGUAAAAAAAGAGGAGACUUAUAAUCAGUCUGAUUUGUCAACAGGAAGACACUGGCAAACUUUGUUGGAUAAUGCAUUAGUUCGAAGGAGAUUACAGCCACUCAAUGCGGAAACAUCUGAACAACUAUGGAGCUGUACAAACAGUGAAUCUGAUAAGGCGAUAUGCUUUUCCUCGGGUGGCAGCAUUGAUGGUUUGCAAGUAUCUUUUUCAAGUGACACGAGUGACACAAGUGAUAACUCCAAUUUAUCCUCUCUGGGUACAGUGGCAAAUGAUCAAUGGAGGAUGUCCUUCAAGAAGGUACACUGUCCACUUGCUGCACGUAUAAACUAUAUCCCCCAAGUUUCCUGCAAAGAGAUUGAGCAGGCAAGCCCAGUAUCCGUUCUUGAAUAUCCAGCUGAAGAUUUUUCCGAUGCUGAAAACAUUAAGAAAGAUACAAAAGAUCCUCAUGCUCCCCAGCUAAGGCCUGAGCUGGUAUACUUUCCUUCAGCAGAAACUGUUGCUGAGGUAGUUGUGGAUGCUGCACUUGGUAAUUACUCGUGCUCUGAGAUGGAGUCUACUGAACAUGAUGAAGCUAUACAGUUGGUAGAAGACACCCCUUGCGAAUUUGAAGAUGAAGAGGAAAGAGAGUUUUGCUACUUGCUGGAUAUUCUAAUUGCUUCUGGUAUUCAUGGCGUUGAGGAGGAUCAGCUGUACAAGGUGUGCCAGUCCCUUGAUUGCCCUGCAGGCUACGACGUGUUUGACAAGCUUGAGAAGAAAUACAAAAAUGUGGCUCAAUGGUCAAGGGCAGACAGGAAGCUCACCUUCGACAUGGUAAACUCCAUACUGUCGGAACUUCUUGCCCCAUGUCUGGACAUGCAUCCUUGGGCAACUACCGCAAGGAAUAUGGCACCAGCGUGGGGUUCAGAAGGCCUGUUAGAGAAAUUGUUGCAGGUGUUGACUCGGCGGCGAGAAGAACUUGCGCCAAGAGAGAAACAAGUGUUGGAUCAGAAAUGGCCAGAUUUGGCAGAUUACAUCAACAGGGCAGGAAGGGAUGUUGAGAGGAUGGUAAAGGAUGAUCUUCUGGAAGAGCUGGUUCUGGAGUUGAUGUCCAGCUAGUUGCAAAGCUACUGCUGGAGUUGCUGUCAGCUUUCUGGCCCGAGGAGGUUACAAAGUUGCUGUAGGUCAUUGCUUUCUGUGUUAGGUUAGGUUGAUCAUUGGUUGUAUGGAGUAUUUGUUUCUUUGGUCAGGUCAGAGUUCCCCCUAUUUUUGUUAAACAAGUGGUUGACACUAUUUUUUUGGGUCGAGUCGCCGUGCUUGUUGUAGCAUAUUAUUUGAGAAGAUGCUUGUUGUAGGAUAUAGGGUAUGGGACAAGAAGUGGUGUGGUCUGUUAGGUUAGGUGAGGGAGGCACAUAGUUGAAAUUCAUUCUUGGUACCAAAGGGGAGCAAAAUGUGGGAGAGCUGUUUCCCCUUUUUUGGAUUUUUUUUCAGUUGUUACAGUUAUGUAAAUCAGGUCGGUCAGUUAUAGUCAUGAACAUUUAUAUUCUCAUUUUGCAGCAACAGCUACAUUGUUGUUGCGUCAACAAGAAAUAAUACUAGUUGAUAAA